AUGCUGCUAUCAGAAGGAAACCAGAGUUUCGUACCCACAUUUAUUCUCCUGGGUUUUUCAGAAUAUCCAGAACUCCAGGUCCCGCUCUUCCUUGUUUUCUUGUCUGUCUACAGCACUGUGGUGGGGAAUUUAGGCAUGAUCAUAAUCAUCAAGGUCAAUUCAAAACUCCACAGGAUCAUGUACUUUUUCCUUAGUCACUUGUCCUUUGUCGAUUUCUGUUUUUCUACUGUAGGUACACCCAAACUGUUGGAGAAUUUGGUUGUGGAGGACAGAACCAUCUCUUUCUCUGGCUGCAUUGCCCAAUUUUGUUUCACUUGCCUGUUUGGUGUAGCAGAAACGUUCAUGUUAGCAGCAAUGGCCUAUGACCGCUUUGUGGCCGUCUGCAGCCCCUUGCUCUAUACCACUGUGAUGUCUCCGAAGCGCUGUGCUCUCUUGGUGGCUGGCUCUUACUCAUGGGGUGUAGCGUGCUCCGUGACACUCACGUAUUUCCCUCUUGCAUUAUCCUACUGCAAGUCUAGCACCAUAAAUAAUUUUAUCUGUGACCACUCUGUAAUUGUUUCUGUCUCCUGCUCAGAUCCCUAUAUCACUCAGAUGUUAUGUUCUAUUAUUGCCAUAUUCAAUGAGGCGAGCAGCCUGGUGAUUAUUCUGAUGUCCUAUAUAUUCAUUUUUAUCACUGUCAUGGGGAUGCCUUCUGCAAGUGGGCGCUGGAAAACCUUCUCCACCUGUGCUUCCCACCUGACAGCCAUCAGCUUCUUCCAUGGAACCAUCCUUUUCCUUUUCUGCAUUCCUAACCCCAAAACUUCUUGGCUCACAGUCAAAGUGACUUCUGUGUUUUACACAGUAAUGAUUCCUAUGCUGAACCCCUUGAUCUACAGCUUGAGGAACAAAGAAGUAAAAAAUACAUUCACAAGAAUAAUUUUCACAAAACCGCUUUGUUACUAUGCAUAA